AUGGCGAGUAAAAAUAAAGAAAACGGAAUAGGGUCGCUGCCCGGGGGCCGCCGGGGCACGUCUACAACUGGCGGUAGGCGUGACAGAAUGCAAGCCAGCCGACCGGCCACACCACCUGGCCGGUCCGACCCCUUGCCAUCGACAUCAGCUGGCUUGGCACCGGCAGGGCCGUCACAGGCCCAGCAAUCGGCGCCCGCCACUGGUGGUACACGUCGCAUGAGAUGGCCGAGAGCCAUGAAUGAAGACCUCAUGCGAGCGUUCUACAGGGCUACAGGGACGGAAACAGGCAGAACAGGAUACAGGGCAGUAAUGCACCGCGAGUUUCUGCGUCUUUUACCGGAGCUAAUCGUCUCGGAACAGAACCUAGCCGAUAGAGUUCGGUACAUACAGCGCUCUGGUAUGUUUAGCGCAACCGAACUCGAACGAUUGCGAAGUGAAGUUGUUCCAGAAGCAGACCCCACGACCGUGGAGCAACCCAUCUCAGACGUGCUACCUAACGUAGAGAUGGUUGCCGAAAGGCCUUCAGAAGCGGAUGCGGACGGAACAACUUCCCAGGAUAUAGAGCAUAUGAGGAGCAUACUAGAAGGGGCGAUUCUAGAGAUCCGAAGAACUCCCCUUGAAGAGAGACCGAAGCUUCCCCGGCUACAUCCAAAUGUGGCGACGCGGGAUGCCAUUGAGGCCGCAAAUGGACUGCUGCCUCAAUACCUUGAGGGCAGCGGUGACCUGGGAGAGACGAGUUCAAUCCUCUUUGCCGCUGCAUUGGCAGUAUGCCGAUAUACUAGCGCAAAAAUGCCCCGGGCUGGACGUAAUAUCCAAAGGGAUAAUGCGAAACCAGCCUGGAAAAGAAGGAUUGAGCGACGGAUCACCCAGGCCAGGGUCCUCAUUGGCAGACUGCUCUGCUUCAGAGAGGGCAAUACACGCCCGAGAAUUAUGCGCUCCGUAAAAAAGGCCUUUGCUGGGACAGGUGUACGUCUGUUCCAGCCGGACUUCGGACAAAAACUUACGGAGCGUAUAGACGACCUGAAGCAAAAGGUCGCUGCAUGGGGGAAGCGACUCCGACGGUACUCUGAGAGGGUCGAGAGGUAUCAACAGAAUCGUCUCUUUAUGAGUGAUCAACGGAAGUUUUAUAGAAACUUGGAGCGCCCAAAACUACAGCCCACAGGACAAAGACCCGAAACAGCCAAUUUCGUCGCCUUCUGGCGACAGCUGUGGUCUGAACCUGUGGAACAUGAGGAGGGCGCAUGGAUGCACGGUGUUGAGGAAGCAUGUGCUCGAAUAACACCGAUGAACGUCAUUGCCAUUACGCAGGAGGACGUGGUUGCUGCGAUCCGUCGGGCUCCGAACUGGAAAAGUCCGGGAAUCGACGGAUUACAGCACUACUGGUUAAAGGCGUUCUCGGCCAGCCAUGCAACCUUAGCCGUGCAAUUCCAGAGUGCCCUCGAAAACAGGGCGCUCCCGAACUUCCUUACAACCGGGAUCACUCAUUUAGCUCCUAAGACGGACGAUACUGCGGAUCCAUCUAAAUAUCGCCCCAUAACUUGUCUUACGACAAUAUACAAGACGUUAACAUCUGUUCUGAGCGCUAAGAUCUCUCGUCAUGUGUACGAAAACAAGAUCCUAUCUAGCGCUCAGAACGGAUGCAGGGGCGGUAGCCGCGGAUCGAAGGAGCUUCUCCUCAUUGAUGCUGUCGCUGGCCAAGUGGUUAAGCGGAACCGUCGGAAUUUCUCCGCUGCUUGGAUAGACUAUAAAAAGGCGUUCGAUUCCGUGCCCCACUCAUGGCUUCGGAGGAUACUCGAGCUGUACAAGAUCGACGGUACGGUUCGGGUGUUCCUGGAGACAUGCAUGGGGCAAUGGACGACGAUCCUGUCUAUCCAGGGCGAGCGAUUAACGGAUACCGCUGACCGGAUUGAGAUUAAGAGGGGAAUAUUCCAGGGCGAUUGUUUGAGUCCACUUUGGUUUUGCCUGUCCCUGAAUCCUCUCAGUACUUUACUGGAGAAUUCGGGGACUGGAUUUCAGUAUCGGAGAGGAGGUACACGAGUGUCUCACCUUCUGUACAUGGAUGACUUGAAACUACUAGCUCCGAGUGUCGAACGCCUGACGGAGCUGUUAACUAUUGUAAACGAUUAUAGCAGCUCUGUUAGGAUGGCACUCGGAAUAGACAAGUGCGCGGUUCUCCAUGUGCAGAGGGGACGGGUCAAUCAAACUGAAGGGAUCGUUACAGAUCCCUCCAACAUCAAAACCCUCUCCGACGCUGAAACAUACCGGUAUCUGGGCAUGUCACAAAACAUCGGUGUGAGGGAGACGGAUAUGAAACAGUCAAUCCGUGAGGAAUUUUUUGCGCGCCUUACAAGAGUACUGAAAAGUUCCUUGUCGGGUGCCAAUAAGAUCCGAGCAUAUAACGGCUGGGUCAUACCCGUACUCCUUUACACUUUUGGCGUGCUCAGAUGGUCUCAAACCGAACUCGAAGCCCUGGAUCGGAAAGUCCGCACAACUAUGACCCUCCAUAGAAUGCAUCACCCGAAAUCGUCAGUCAUGAGGCUGUACAUCCCGCGGAAGGCUGGUGGUCGAGGCUUGUUAAGCGUUAAGACCAUGCACAACCGCGAGAUUGACAGCCUCAGGACAUAUUUUCUGGAGAAAAGAGACGAGGGUUUGCAUAGAGAGGUCAUAGAAUGUGAUAAAGGAUUCACCCCUCUUUCUCUGGCUAAAGAGGACUGGCGAAAACCCGAAGUCCUGGGUACCUCUCAGCGGGAGGCCGUGUGGAAAGAGAAGGAGUUGCACGGAAGGUUCUUCAAAGCCCUUCACGGGCCGUACGUCAACACGAAGACCUCCGUGCACUGGCUACAGUUCGGUGAUCUCUUCGGAGAGACCGAGGGUUUUGUCUGUGCAAUACAGGAUCAGGUGGUUAAGACGAACAAUUACCGAAAGCACAUUCUGAAGGAUGGCACUGAGGACAUCUGUCGGGCAUGUCGCCAUCCCGGAGACAGAGCACAGCGACAGAAAGCUAUGGAAAGGGCUAUGCUUGGAGUUUCUCUGAGUAAUCAAAUGCGUAACAAAGUAAUUGGCCAGAGAACUAGAGUUACUGACAUAGCUCUUCGUAUUUGCAAGUUGAAUGUUCUAGAGCGGAGACCGCGAAUUGGCAAACGUAGUGUAGGACGCUCCGUGGCUAGGUGA